AUGUCAAAUAAUUCUUUGACCGGCACCCUACCAAAAUAUGUUGGAAGACUUGAAAAUCUUGUUAACAUAUCUUUUGCGGAUAAUAAGCUAUCAGGGAAACUCCCAGAGACUUUGGGAAAGUGUAUCUCUCUGGAACGACUUUAUCUGCAAGGGAAUUCUUUUGAUGGAACCAUUCCAGACAUAAGUGGGUUGAUGGGUGUUAAAGAGAUUGAUUUCUCCAACAAUAAUCUCUCUGGAAAUGUACCUGGAUAUCUUGCAAACUUUAACUCGUUGGAGUAUCUCAAUCUAUCUGUGAACAACUUCGAGGGAUUUUUGCCAACAAAAGGAAAGUUUAAGAACGCCACUAUAGUUUCAGUAUUUGGAAACAAAACCUAUGUGGAGGCGUCUUGGAAUUGA